AUGUGAUGUUACGUUAUACAUUUUACAGCAUCACUCCGCCAACCGACUGGCACGCGCACACCUUGAAAUAAUGUAACGGUAAUCAAAUCGUUUUGUUUUUGACGUAAACCGUUAAAACGUGUCGUCCGUCUGUUAAAUAUAUAAAAAGUAGUCGCGGUUUUAAGGAGAAUAUUUGCGUCCAGCUUAUUACCAGCCGUUAGUGUGUUAUUAGCCUGUGGACAUUGAACGGCUAAUGAGACUCAGCUAACGUGCUAGCAGUGAGCGUGCCCCGCGACUCUCAAAGCGAAACUAAGAUAUUUAACGUCGCCAGUGUCAUGAGCUUCAUUAUGCUUGGUGACAUAUGAAAGAGGCACUUGUGAGUAAGUGACGGUACAGCUACAGAAGGACCUACCGUGGUGGAGACAUGAACACGCCGCUCGGGAGGAACGGGUUAAUCGGGCUUGCCAUCGGAGCCACAGCCGGUUGUGGCUUGAUCGCCUUCAUCAUUUACAGGGAGAUCAGCAGGAGGAGAUCCCAGAGACUGAUGCAGGAGGCCCGGCCUGCUCUCCGGCUGUUUGACGGGCCGGAUGAGGCGGUGCUGCUGCGGGAGCCGCUGGAUGCUCAGGAGGCGGAGGCCCAGCAGCAGGCUCUGGCAGCGGUGGAGGCUGUGGUGCAGGGCCUGUCCCCGGAGCAGCAGCUGGAGCUCAGGAACCAGCUGGACCAGGUGCUGAGCUGCGUGGCCUCCCUGCGCUCUGAGGUGGCGGAGCUGAGGGGCGGCCUGCAGGACAUCGCCCUGCAGAUCAUCCAGGAUGUCAAAAAGGGAGUGGAGGACAGCCAGCGGGUACGUCGGCGCCGCCACGUCGUCCACAGAGAGCGCACCGACUCCACCGGCUCCAGCUCCAUCUACUUCACUGCCCAGGGCAUGGCCAGCACGUUUGAAGAGACCAGUGAAGGAGGGUACUCAACGGCCUAUGCUGAGUCAGACUACACCGAUCGGGACACGGACAGAGAGGAGGGCGAGCGGGAGCCUGAACAGGAGUCUGAGGAAGAGGAGGACAAGAGCUGUGCCACCGUGCUCACUCUCCGCCAGGAAGACUCUCAGGAAGAAGAGGCAGAGGAGAGAGGGCUAGUGGAGGAGGAGGAGGAGGAAGAGGAGGAGGAAGAUGAGGGGAGGCUGCAGGUGGUGACUGAAGUUCCCAGUGGGGAGCUGGCUCUCCUCUUGGCUCAGAGUGACAUCCUCCACACCGGAGACGCCAGCUUAAAGGCAGAGGGCUUUCGCCUGCUGCUAGACAGCCGAGCAGAGUAUGGAGACAGCAGGGAGUUUCUAUGGCGACUGGCCCGGGCUUAUAGUGAUGUGUACGAGUCCACUGAGGACAAACAAGAGAAGAAGACUUACGCACAACAAGGUCGAGAUGAGGCGGAGCUGGCCCUGAAGAAGAACGGCCUGAACGCCGAGUGUCACAAAUGGUUUGCUGUGCUGACAGGCCUGACCUCGCAGCACGAGAGCAUGCACAGCAAACUCAAGAGCAGCCACAUAUUAAAGGAGCAUCUGGACCGUGCGAUCGCCCUCAGAGAUGAUGACCCCAUGUGUUUCUACCUUCUUGGCCGAUGGUGCUAUGAGGUAUCCACGCUGGACUGGUUGGAGAAGAAGGCGGCUGCUGCUCUCUACCAGAGUCCCCCCUCCUCCACACUGCACGACGCCCUCGAGAACUUCCUCAAGGCAGAAGAACUCAGUCCAGGAUUCUCCAAAACAGUGAGGCUUUACAUCGCUCAGUGUCACAAGGAGCUGGGAAACAUCUCCGAGGCCACUAACUGGACCAAGCUGGCUCUGAAGAUGCCCGAAAACUCGAAUGACGAUGAAACGACUAAACUGGAGGCUCAGCUGCGAGUCUUAACUGACAGAAAAAUCUGAACGCUUUUUCCGCUGGGAUCCAGCAGACGGAGCCCAUCAGCUGAUGGCACCGAUUGGCUAGUCAGGCCGCCAAUCCGAAGUCAUCCAACCAACUAAUUCUUUUCCCUUAACUGACGGAUACCUUUGUCAUACUGUCACUGUGAAACCAGAUGAACUUUAUUGAUGUUUAUUUAUUUUCUUUGCUUAACGAAGUCAAUAUUGCUCUAAGUAAUAUAUAUUGUAAUGUAUACGGCAUCUUUAAUGCUUUCUAAAACUAUUUGUUUGCCUUUCUAACCGAUAAUCAGUGACUGAACACGUAGGGGUUUUUUAGCGCCAUAUUCUUAAAUUAAAACAGUUUAAGGAUCAGUUCUCCAAAUGACAAAAAAUAACAUUUAGUCACUUCCUGCUCGUGGUGUUUAGUCAUGCAGGUGGUUUUGUGGUUGAGAGACAGAUGUCUCAAACCGUUUUCGUCUCUAAUUUGGGUUAAUUAAUUUUUUUUUUUUAGUUCAGUUUUUGGAAGAGAUGAGCAUUAUGGUUGAGUUAGUGCAUAACAGUGGGUUCCAACAUGGGGACUAAAGGGACCAAAACCUGCUCACACAGCAGUCAGGAUGCGGCGUUUAAAAAAAGAUUUUCCUGACACUGACUGAUAAACAUGAUGGUAAAAGUCCUCUGGAGACAAACUGCUGCUAAUCCAAUUUGAUCAGGGACGUUUUAGGAGCUUUAAGGGAAAGAGGUAUUUUGGGAGUCACUGUAAGCGAUACAUCUAAUUGACUUUUCUCUUCAUGGAUUCAAAUUUUAUAUUUAUAUUGUACGACCUUUAUUUUAAUAGUGUUCUGCCGGGUCCCUCCCAGCUGCUCUUUAAAAGCUGGGUUUUUGUGGAGAAAAUGACAUAAUGUAGAUGUAGUGAUAAAACUAGUAUUUUGAUCAGAAUUUCAUUCAUAACAUUUUUUAGUUAAAGCAAUACUUUACCCUGAUAAAGGAUCAUUUAUACAUCAAGUAUUUACUCCGUGUUAGGUUGAAUUCAUAAACGUGUGAAACGUGAUUACCUUUUUUUAAUGUUUGCUCUUUUUGGAUUCUUAGUUCACUGUGGAGACAUGCGAGAAACAGAGUUCUCUUACGAAUUCAACAUAACAUCAGGUCAGAGAUUGAUAUACAAAUGAUCAUAUUUUGGGGUGAAGUAUUCCUUAAAGUCCCAGCACCCCCCUUUUCGAUAAUGUAGUACAUUAAGUGCGGUGGACACGCCGGAGGAAAAUGAUAAAGUGUGUGGAGUGUUCUUUUCGGUUGUGACUGUAAAAAGUAUCCUGAUAUUUUUGUAAUUUUUCUUUUGAGUGUAUUUGCUGCCUUUGAACUCUGAGUGUUUUUACAUUCCUGUUACGUUCUGAGUGAAAGCGAUAUUAGCAGGUUUUUACUUUGUGAUCUAACAUCACUUUAACAGCACUUUGUGUUUUGUUGAGGUUCAUUUUGCUGUGAAAUAACAGUGGAUAUGUUAAAUUUCCUCAAUAUUCUGACCCUGCAAUUAAAAAUGAAUAUGCACUUCAGUGACACAUGGAUAACACGGAAUAAAAUUCUUUUUUUAAAAUGUA